AUGCUGGGGGAGGCGGAAACGGACCUGCGACGCCGGCGACUUCACGGCGACCCCGUGCCAGCAGAUGCCGCCGCGGCACAUCUCGUGGCCGCGUUCCCUUGCCGCCAUGAGCGCGUGCGCGGCCUUGCGCGAGACGUCCCAGGCGAGGCUCGCGACCAGGAUCGCCGCCACCACCGCCGUGGAGAGGAUGAGGACGGAGGCGCCGCCGAAGCUCCGGCCGGCCGCCAUCCCGUAGGCCUUCAUCGCGGCGAUCACCACCAGGUAGAGAGACGUCAGAUUCCCGGCCACCGCGCUGGAGAUCGCCAUCGUCCGGCGGAAGGCGGCGGGAGGAGAAAAUUGGUGGGGGGCGGAUUCUUUGUGCGAGAGACAGACCAAACAAUAUCAAAGGGCAUUGAGAACCUUCAAGACUACAUCCUCAACAUACAUGGUGUACCUCUUCGAUCGAAACUCCAAGCCCGCCGGCUUGUCGCUCAAAUCGAACUGGCACCCAAUCACCGAGUAAAUCGUCCAUUGUCGUCGGUCAGCAGAAGCACCUCAUCCCCGAUCUUCAGAUUCGCCUUCCACGCCUUCAUCACGAAGGCGUUGUUCACGGAAACGCACACGAUGUCGUCAUUUCUCUUGGCCUUGAACUCGACAGCUUUCUCCACGAACCCCAGGAGAUGCUUCUGCAAGCAUGUGGGGGUGAACAUGUCGAGGACGGCGAGGAUGAUGACCUUCUUGCCGAGGUUAGAUCGGAGAUCGAUACUGUCUUCGUUUAUGAAGGUGAUCCACACAGUCACAGUCGGAGACUUGCCUAACCGAGCUACAGGAGACGCGAACUAUGACAGAACACAAAGCCGCGCACACGAUAUGCUGCCACGCCCAAUUGCAAGGCACUUGACGCCGUCAACACAUACGACUGGCGCCAAACCUCGCGCCCUCGCUCGGCGUUGCACGCAUGACGUGUGCUACAUGCCCAUUGCACCUCGUGACCCUUGUCAGGCGUGA